AUGGCACCGAGCACUUCAGCUGGAGGCUCCGGUGGCCAAGAAAUGGAGGGAGCGAGCUCUCUGCAGGCCUCUGCAGACCCUGAAUCUAUGGAGAUAGAUCCACUAGAAGAGAAGGUGGCCAAUUUGGUGCAUUACAUGGUCCUCAAGUAUCGACUGAGGAAGCCUGUUACAAGGGCAGAAAUGCUCCAAGUUGUUAAGAAAAGGGACAGGCGUCAGUUCCCUGUGAUCUUUGAGAAGGCUUGUAAGUGCUUGGAGGUGAUCUCUGGCAUUGAUGUGAAGGAAGUGGUCCCCGCCACCCACUCCUAUGUCCUUGUCAACUCACUGGAUCUCACCUAUGAUGAGAUGCUUGGUGACCUCCAGAGCCUGCCUAAAAAUGGCCUCCUGAUAAUCAUCCUGGGUCUGAUCUUUUUAGACGGCAACUGCGCCCUUGAGCAAAACAUCUGGGAGUUCCUGAAUAUGCUGGGAGUGUAUGCUGGGAGGGAGCACUUCAUUUAUGGAGAGCCUAGGAAGCUCAUCACCAGAACCUGGGUGCAGGAAAAUUACCUGCUGUACCAGCAGGUGCCUAAUAGUGACCCUCCACGCUACACAUUCAUGUGGGGUCCCAGGGCCCAUGCUGAGACCAGCAAGCUGCAGGUGCUAGAGUUUUUGGCCAAGAUCAAAGGGACCGACCCCGCUUCCUUCUCAUGCUGGUAUGAGGAGGCUUUAAGAGAUGACAGAGAGAAAGCCCGCGCCAGAGUUGCCCCCGUGGGCCGUGCUGCUGCCCUCUCCAUGGCAAAGAAAUAA